AUGCCCGGUCCUCUCUUCUUAGUCCUGACACCCGGCAAUAAGAGGGGCAAGUCUACCCAGACCGAGAGAAGUAAGAAGAAGGGCAACCUCGGGGGACAGAUCGUUGAGGAGCUGUCGCUUCCUAGCAUUAUUGUCAGAGCGUUAUUCAGAGCAGAGUGA